AUGCCGCACAAAGAAGAGAGUCAAAUCACCGCAGUACCGCUGCAUGACACGUUCGCUGCCGAGGUGAGAGGCGUGGACUUCAGCAAGGAGCUCUCGGACGAAGAUUUCCAGCAGCUGAAACAAGAUCAGUACGGAGUUGUAGUAUUCAGGAACACGCGCCUCACAGAUGAAGGUCAUAUCGCUUUCUCCAGGCGAUUCGGCGAGCUAGAUGACAUCUCUCCAUACACAAAAGCCGGCAAGAAGAACCGGCUCGGCUACGAUGAACUCUUCGACGUCAGCAACCUCCUCGACGACGGCUCCGUCGCACCCCUAGACAGCCACCGCGCAGCCAUGAACAAGGUCCGCCACCCCACCCCCUUCUAUUACACCCGCUCACCUCUGCAGGGCAACUCCCUCUUCCACGUCGACUCCUCCUUCAACCCCCGCCGCGCAGGCUACAGCCUCCUCCGCGCCCACGAACUUCCGCCCUCCGGCCACGGCGGCAACACCGAAUACGCCGACGCCCGCACAGCGUACGACGACCUCCCGGAGGACCUCAAGCAAGAGCUCCUCGCCAACGACUACGUCGUCUGCCACUCCCUCUACCACUCUCGCAAACUCGCCUCUCCGGAUUCCCUGCCAGGAGUCAACCCCGAGGACCAUUUCAUGUCCCGCCACAAGCUUAUCCAGCGGCACGAACCCUCCGGUCGGAUGAAUCUGUACAUCGCUUCGCACGCCCACCACAUCGAGGGCUUGAGUGCGGAGAAGUCGAAGGAGCUGAUUAGUACGCUGUAUCAGCAUGCUUGUCAGUCGAAGUAUGUGGUUAGUAUUGAGUGGAAGAAUAACACUGAUUUGUUGCUGUGGGAUAAUACGUGUGUGAUGCAUCGGGCGGCGGGGGGGAGUUUUGAGGGAAAGUUUAAGAGGGACAUGAGGAGGACGGUAUGGAUCUUCUCGAGGUUUUGUGUGGCAGUCAGUGCUAAUCAGAGACAGACUGUUCAUGACAGCAGCAGCCAGGCAUGGGGAUUAAAUGAGCCGACUACCGAGCGCAUGGGGACGGCCGCGGAUAUCAGGCUUCGAUCGUGA